AUGUCUCAAGUCAAGAAUGAAUUUCAUGCAUCUAUGUCUACAAAUAUAAUAAAUGAUCCAAAAGUUAAAGAUAUGCCUCAACUAUAUUCCGAGUCUACAAAUGUAGUAAAAAAAGAAUCUGAAGAUGCCAUGAAUAAAAUUCAAUUUGUGCUAGUUGUUUUUAGUCUCGCACUGGCUGUAUUUUUAUCAGCAUUGGAUCAAACUAUAGUUGCAACUGCUUUACCGGCCAUCGCAUUAGAAUUCAAAGCAUUCGAUGAAAUCAUGUGGAUCGCAACGACUUAUUUAAUUACUGAG